AUGGCUGUCGACAUGAACAGAGAGGGAAAGAUUGGAUGCGCAUACUACGUGGUCAUUGACGAGACUCUAAUUAUCGAAGAAGAUGUCUCCAUGGGCGGAAUCGAAACAGUGGCCACUAUUGUACUUCAAGCACAGCCAACAACUAUCAUGGUGCCGAACAGAGCUCCCCAGACACUUACCGAGUUCCUCGAACGGGAUGCUCAAAGGCUUGACGAUGACGAUGCCACCGAUAUUCGAGGGCUCUAUAUCCUUCGUCAUCUUGCCAGUGCAGACUUUGACUAUGACGCAGGCAAAGAAGCGCUAUUGGGGCUUUGCAAUGACUCAUCGCCCGGAUAUGGGAUACCGCCAGGGGAAGAAGACGAAGACGCUGUGCAUUGCAUUGGCUCUUCGAACCACAGGCGAUUAAUGCGCUUAGAGAAGGCAGUCAAUCUCAAUAGCCAUCUAUCAGUUGGUUGCGCUGGUGCUGUGUUAAGUGACCUUGAGCGUCGUCGCAGCGCCGAAAAUCUCGCUCCUGGUGCCGAGGCACCAGUAUCUUUCAGAGUCAAGUCAAUUACCAUGGGUUCGCCUUCAGAUGUAAUGCUCAUAAGCGCAGAUGCCUUGUUGUCACUACAGAUAUUGAGAACAGAGCUUCACCCAAACCCGCAACUCCAGUGCCUUGGCGGCUCCGGGAACAAAGUCAAAGAAAGCCUCUCGAUUGCGGGGCUCCUCCAAGCUCUAGCAGGUACGGUCCAAGGAAAAUCAAAACUUCGUCAAAUGCUCUUCCAACCAAGCAUUGCUAUCGACGUGAUCGAGGAAAGGCAGCGGAGUAUUGCCGUCUUUCUCCGCCCUGAGAACAGUGAUAUUGUACAGAGCAUACGGAGGCAGUUGAAAAAAGUCAAGAACAUCAAGGCCGUGUUACACCACGUCAGAGGUGGUGUUGACCGAAUAAGAGGACAGUUAUCCCUUCGGAUCAACGACUGGAGGGCGCUUUUACGGUUCACAAUGCUUACCACUCAAAUACGGGAGGACAUACGCUCACUUGUGGGAGGCCAAGAUUUAAACAUCUAUGCAAAGCUCCAAGAGGAUAUCAACACUCAGGGCAUUCUACAGGCCGGUGAGAUGAUCGUGAACACGAUUGACUUUGAACUGUCACAAGAUACGGGCCGAACAGAAAUCCUACCAGGUGCCAGUGAAAGAUUAGACGAGCUCAAGGACGACUUUACUCAGGUGUACCAAAUUCUCUCCGAUGUCAAACGAGAGAUUCUGACGCAAAUUCCCAAAUGGGCUGUCCAAUAUGUCCAGGACUGUACAACAGUGCCCCGACUUGGAUUUCUCAUUGUAGUGGCCCUGAACCCUGAAAAUGGAGAAGGUGCUUUCAAUGGAACGGGACUUGCCGAUGACGAGUGGCAUCAGGUGGUGAAGGAUGAACAGCGGGCUUACUACAAGAACACGACGAUGGUUGAACUGGACGACAUGUAUGGUGAUUUAACUGAGGAGAUUGCCGAUGAGGAAAUCGAGGUGAUAGUGGAGCUGGCAGGGGCUGUUUCAGAGCAUGAAGAUGCACUGAUUCGCGCCUUGGAACUACUGGGGGAGCUUGACAGUCUGCUUGCGUUGGCUUUCGCUGCAGAGAAGUACAAUUGGGCUCCACCAAAAAUGACAUCCGAGAAUAUCAUUGACAUUGAGGGUGGACGUCAUCCACUUCAGGAGCUUCUCGUACCGUCCUUUAUCCCCAAUGACUGCAUACUCAGAGGUGGUUGCGCAUGGGAGAAUGGCAAUGAGAUUGACUUUGUAGGUGUCAAAGACGAACCCAAAGAGCCAUCGGCCUUGGUCUUGACGGGUCCAAACAACUCCGGAAAGAGCAUCUACAUGAAACAGGUUGCCCUAAUCAUCUAUUUGGCACACAUUGGAAGCUACGUGCCAGUCACGCGUGCGACAAUUGGAGUGACUGAUCGAAUUUUCACCCGGGUUGCCACCCGAGAAACCGCCAUGGACGAUGAAAGCGCUUUCAUGACCGAUCUCAAACAAGCAGCCUUCUCCAUCAACUUCGCAACCCGGCGAAGCCUCAUACUCGCGGACGAGUUUGGAAAAGGUACCACAAUGGAAGCCGGUGCGGCGGUCUUCACGGCCUAUCUGCACCAUUUAUUGGAGCUGGAUGCGGAUCGACCCCGGAUGCUCGUGAGCACACACUUUCACGAUGUGUUCAAUAGAGGAUUUCUAAAACCUGAAGAGGGUGUUGCGUAUGCUCACAUGGAAGUUCGACUGAAUCCAGAGGCGGAAGAGAGGGAAGAGCAUAUCACGUAUUUGUACCGUCUCGUUCACGGACGGGCUGAACACAGCCUGGGACUAAUGUGUGCAGCGAUUAAUCAUAUUGAGGAUGAUGUGUUGAAGAGAGCAGGAGAUGUUUUGGGCAUGCUGGAAAGAGACGAAGAUAUUGAGGCGGUGUUUGCGAUUCCCAGUCAUGAGGAUAUUGAGGCAUUAAAAGCUGCGGAGCUUGUUUCCAGGCGGUUUCUUGCUACGGAUAUACCACAAGGAGGGAGAGAUACCUCGAGCGGAUUUUGUUCAAUUCGGGAUAUUCUGAGGGGAUUUUUGUCACACAAAGAGGACGGGGGAGAUGUAGGUGACGUCGAUUCUGAAGAGUGA